CCGCCGGAAAUCCCGCCCCCUCUCCAAGCGGAAGUGCUCCCUUGAGGGAAGGAGGGGAACCUAGGAGACUGCGCGUGGACGUCAGGAGGAGACCUACGGACGGUAAUACAAUUUAAUAGCAUUGAAGAAUUGGAUUCUGUUAUUUUUCAAGAUGGUAGUUUUCACCUGUAAUGCUUGUGGAGAAUCAGUGAAGAAGGUCCAGGUGGAAAAACAUGUAAAUAUAUGCCGAAACUGUCAGUGUCUUUCUUGUAUGGACUGUGGCAAAGAUUUCUGGGGUGAUGAUUAUAAAUGCCAUGUGAAGUGCCUAAGUGAAGACCAGAAGUAUGGGGGCAAGGGAUUUGAAGCCAAAACCCACAAAGGAGAUGUCAAACAGCAAGAAUGGAUUCAGAAGAUUCAUGAAGCAAUCAAAAAAACCAACAUUAACCCCAAAGUUCGAGAAAUUUUAGAACAGAUGUAUGCCUAUGACAAUAUUCCAAGAAAAAAGCAAAAGUUUCAGAACUGGAUGGCCAACAGUUUAAAAAUACACAACAAGACCUUGCAGGACCAAGUGUGGGAUAUUUUUUCAGAAGCUACCAAAAAGGAAAUUGUUGAAAGCUCAUCCACAAAGAAUGAAGAUGUGCCAACACCAUCAGAAGUAAAAACAAAGAUUUCCACAACAAAAAAGAGCAAAAAGGAAGAGAGGGAAAACAUGAAAAAGAGUAAAUCACAUGACCAUGUUCAGCAAGAAAGUGAGGACCUUAUAAAAAGCAAAAAGUCUAAGAAAGAGAACACAAAUGCAGCAUUUUCCAAAACCAAUUACUUGAAGACAAAGCAUCAACAAGCAGUUGUUUCAGCUGACAUGGAGGUGAAUGGACAUAAUCCUGAUGUCAAAGAACCCAAAGCCAAAGCAAGUGCAAAAAAGCGCAAGCGCAACCUCUCAGAAGAUGAUUCUCCCCCUGCUGAAAAAAGAAUCAACACUUCAAUAUCAGAAGAAAAUGAGGAUGAGCAUCAAGGUAAAUUCAGGUGGAAAGAGACCAUAAAGGCUGUACUGAAGCAAGCGCCUGACAACGAAAUAUCAAUUAAAAAACUAAGGAAAAAGGUUAUAGCUCAGUAUUAUGCUGUAGCUGCGGAUCAUCAUAAAUCUGAAGAGGAAAUUCUGGCCCUUUUUAAUAAAAAAGUCAGUAAAAAUCCUAAAUUUAGAGUUUUAAAGGAAAAAGUUAAACUUAUAAAAUAGCUUUGUGUAAAUUACCUGAUUUUGUCGAUUGUAUCCAGAUAUGGAAAUAACAGAGUAAAUUAGUUAUACCCAAUUGAAUUCCUUUUCCUUCACUUGUCAUUUAUAUUGAGUACAAUAUAUUUUUGUAAAGUGACAAAACUCAAUUAAAAUCUAAUGUUAUUUAUAAA